AUGGAUCCCCGGUUCUUUGGUCAAAGCGAGAGUGGGGAUUGGAUGCUGGAGGUACCUUGGGAUCGUUGUUUCGACUCCGCGGCUUCUACUACGGAUAAUAAUUCGGCCCCUGAAAUGGAACCGGAGAUAGCACACUUUUGCAACACUGAAUACGGCAGUAUCUUCCCGUCAGCUGGAACUUACGAAACCCCAAUGGAAUUUGCUAGCUUCGACGAGCAUGUCAGUUCAUACACCACGGACCUUGAACCUGUUUCCGAUCGGGGUUUGUUCGACCACGACCAGUCUCUAUAG